AUGAGAUCUCGGUUUCAAACAAUACCUGUUGAGGAGUGUGUUUCUGUUGAUGAACAGAUAUGUUCAACAAAGGCUAGAAGUUAUUUGAAACAACACAUGCCAAACAAGCCUCAUAAAUAUGGAUACAAAUUAUUUGUUAUUAGUGGCAUAUCUGGUUAUGCCUACGAUUUUGAGAUUUUCACUGGAGAUGAAAAUGAACCAGAAAAAAGAGUGACUGGGGAGGAAGACUUGGGAGCAAGUGCAAAUGUUGUAGUUCGACUCAGUAGGAUACUACCAAGAAAUAUGAACCACAAACUGUACUGUGACAAUUAUUACACAAGUCUGCCACUGCUUGUAUGGUUACAUAAACAAGGAAUUUACUCACUUGGGACAGUCAGAAGAAACAGAGUGCCAGACUGCAAGCUCCCUUCAGAAGCUGAGCUGAAGAAAAUGGCACGAGGUGCAUCAGUAGAGCGCGUCGCAACAGUGGAUGGUGUUGACAUAUCAAAUGUAGUGUGGAAAGAUAACAAGAGUGUGAUGUUGCUUUCUACACUUGCUGGACAGCAUCCUAUUCAUGAAGCAGGGAGGUAUGACAAAAAAACAAAGUCAAGAAUAACAAUACCUUGUCCACAAAUAAUUAAGCUCUACAAUAAACAUAUGGGAGGUGUUGACCUUCUUGACAGCAUAAUGGGUCGACAUAAAAUUCUUGUGAAAAGUCGAAAAUGGUAUAUAAGAUUGUUUUACCAUAUCCUGGACAUGGGAGUAGUCAAUUCCUGGCUGUUGUAUAGGAGAGUAGCAGAAACCAAAGGGAUUAGGAGAACUAUGAAACUCUCCGAAUUUCGAAUGGAAAUUGCUCACUGUUUGUGUCGCUCAGGUCAAACUUCAGCAAAACGUGGAAGGCCAAGUAAUGAACUCGAAAACCAAAUACAAGCUAAGAAGACAAAGGGGCCCACAGCACAUGUACCUCCACAAGAUGUAAGGCUGGAUCAACUUGAAAUAAAAAAUCAUGCAUUUAAGGGUUAA